CAGCCUUUGCACUAGAAAUGGAAUCACCAUUGUUCUACUCUGGUGGUUCAACGUCGUCCUCAGUGGCGGCAAUGGAGGAGGCGGAGUUGCACGAAGCUCCCUCCACCAUGUUGGGAGACUAUCCCGCAAUUCGAAGCUAUGAGGACCUGAGGAAUUUGUUUUGGGUUGAAUCCAUAAAGGUAUGGGGCAUUGCUGGACCUAUUGCCUUUAAUAUUUUGUGUAAUUAUGGGAUUAAUUCUUUCACCAGUAUCAUUGUUGGCCAUCUUGGGGAUGUGGAGCUCUCUGCUGUUGCCAUUUCUCUAUCAGUCAUUGCCAACUUUUCAUUUGGAUUCUUGCUAGGUAUGGGUAGUGCACUUGAGACUCUAUGUGGACAGGCAUUUGGAGCUGGGCAGAUAGAAAUGCUUGGAGUUUACCUGCAAAGAUCAUGGAUUAUUCUCGGGGCGUCGUGUAUAUGCAUGUUGCCACUAUACAUAUAUUCGACACCAAUACUAAAGCUGUUGGGGCAAAGAGAUGAUAUAGCGGAGCUAGCCGGGGAUUUUUCCAUUCAAAUCAUACCUCAAAUGUUCUCCCUGGCAAUUAAUUUCCCUACCCAAAAGUUUCUACAAGCACAGAGCAGAGUUGGGAUUCUGGCUUGGGUGGGGUUUGUGGCUCUCACUAUGCACACCGGCUUGCUGUUUCUUUUCGUUCGGGUUCUACAAUGGGGCACCAGUGGUGCAGCAGCGGCGUACGACGUUUCUGCUUGGGGUGUGGCUUUGGCUCAAGUGGUGUACAUUGUUGGAUGGUGCAAUGAUGGGUGGAAGGGCUUGUCUUUGCUGGCUUUCAAGGAAUUGUGGCCAUUUGUUAAGCUUUCUGUGGCUUCUGCUGUCAUGCUUUGCUUAGAGAUUUGGUACUUCAUGACCAUUAUUGUUCUAACUGGUCACCUUGAAGAUCCUGUCAUUGCUGUUGGAUCACUUUCCAUCUGCAUGAACAUUAAUGGAUGGGAAGGCAUGUUGUUCAUAGGAAUCAAUGCAGCAAUAAGUGUUAGGGUGUCAAAUGAGCUAGGAUCAGGCCACCCAAGAGCAGCCAAGUAUUCUGUGUUUGUUACAGUGGCUGAAUCUCUCUUGAUUGGGCUCAUCAGCAUGGCCAUUGUCAUAGCUGCAAAGGAUCAUUUUGCUGUCUUCUUCACUGACACUGUCAAAAUGCAGACAGCUGUUUCCAAUUUAGCCUAUCUCCUCGCUGCAACCAUGUUGCUUAACAGUGUCCAGCCAGUUAUAUCAGGUGUGGCUGUAGGAGGAGGUUGGCAAGCACUUGUGGCAUACAUUAAUCUCACUUGUUAUUACAUCAUUGGCCUCCCUUUUGGUUUCCUUCUAGGCUAUAAAGCACACUUGGGAGUUCAGGGAAUAUGGAUGGGCAUGAUUGUGGGAACUUCUCUGCAAACUAUUGUUCUGUGCAUUAUAGUAUGGAAAACCAAUUGGGAUGAGGAGGUGGCACAAGCAUCAGAAAGAAUGCGGCAAUGGACUGGGCAGGGUGAUGAAAUAGAGACGUAAUUAAGUUGAUAUACUUUUUUAGUAUGUUUGUUUAGUAAUGAAUUUUUUUAAUUAGCAUUUUGGGCCUCUAAAAUGUUAGUUAAGCUUUGUAUAGUCUAAAUUUGAUAAAGUAAGGUCUAACCUAACAAGUUAGGUGUAUCAUUAUCUAACUAGCACUUACGGCAGCCUAUGAAGUAGGAAGGUUUUUUUUAUUAU